AACUGUUCAGCACAAGAGACACACCGUGAGAGAGGGUGAUGUUGCUGUGUGGGUUGUCGAUAGCAAAGUGUGCGCUUGCUUCAGGUUUUAACCAGGCUCAACUCGAACAUUGAAUACUGGCUGUAAGUCCGCCAAACCGUGUCUAUAUCAUAGAAGAGAAAGAGUCCGUGUAUCAGUAUGCAGCGCAAUACGGUAGACGGCAGAACUACACGAACGACGACGACGACGACCGCGACAACGCGGAGUUGAGACCAGCAGCCAGCCAGUCACGGUCUCCGGUGCCAGAAAGUCACAAGUGCCUUUUUUUAUUAGGGUGUGUAAUCCGUGCGCGUAAAUUUCUGUUUUCCGUUUCCGUCCCAGCAGCAUCCAAUUGGAAUCCUGAGCAGUUGAGGAAUUUUGUAUCUUGGCAGCUUCCUUUCAGCUGUCGGUGUGCGUCAGUGUGAGAUUGUGUGGGUGACCCAAGAAUGUUCCGAAAACCACUGAUCAUAGUACUGCAAUUCAAGUGUGACAAAACACAGUUUGAUUAGGUCUUUGUUUACCUACUCCUUAUCAGCUCUCGAUAACAUUGUCGGUGGAGUUCAGGCGAGGAAAAAAAUCGUUUGUUCUUACCGCCUCGUGUCGUACAUGUGUGAGAAGGAGCAUGCGCGUGGUUUACGUAAACAAUUAGCCUUUUACAUGCCGGUGCAAAUAGACCUUAAAGUUUGAAAUCCUGACGCUUCGCCGCACGCGUUCACGAAGCCUGACCCGAAGAUUGACGAACCUGUAAGUGGGUGUGAAGAAGAUUGCAUUAUUCAACAACUGGUUGGUGCUACGAUGAGAUCAUAACUUUGUAUGAGAGCGACCAGGUGAUCAAUAUCAAUCAGAUUGUGGUUUGUUUAAUCGUUUGCUUGAUAAACACACAAGCCGUUCCCGAGUUGUGGCUGGUGAUAGAUGUUAUUGGAGAGUGACGGCGGUCGAGCGAUCGUAAUGGAGCAAUCGAAUGAUUCAGCUGCCGCCACGGCGUCGGCAGCGGCCAAUAAUGUACCGCGAAGUUCACAACCGGGUGAUUUUGCAACAGCCGCCGCGGUCGUGCUUUCACUGCAGAGCACCAUGGUAACCAGUCUGCAGCAAGCCGCUCUUAUGCCAGCAAAUUCUCCAGCUGCAGCUGCAUUUAACCUUCAGGCGCUGGAAUCAUAUCUCACCCUGCAAAGAAUAACCGGAAAAUCGGAUGUGCUGCGCUUGUCCAAUCGAACACCAUUGCCCUCGAUGCCGCUUACUUCUUCGUCUUCAUCUACUAUUACCUCUGCCACCGCAGCGAACACGGUAACUGCGGAUGAUAUGCUGAUGGACACGCAACCGGUGCAGCAGCUGCUCCAGAACAAUGACCUUUCCGAUGAACUUCCGGUUCUCGAUCAAGACGAUGAUCUCAACUUUGAUGACCCCAUGCACGAUUCAACCUCCGACGGGAACUCCCUCGACACCGGCUACCCUAGCCUUGUGUUAAACGCUGCAUUUCACCAGCAAAUGAGUGCCGAUAAGUUCAAAACUCUUGCAGCGGCUACAUCACCUUCAAGUUCUGCUGCCGCUGUGGCAGCCGCUGCUGCCGCCGCUAGUCUAGUUGCAAACACUGCAGCCGCUGUGUCGAAAAAAUGUACUCCCACAUCUACAGCUACAGCUGCAAGCGUUCAACAACAAUCAACCUCGGGAAUUGCUGCCACCGCCGGUCAAAGGCCGAAAAAACAGUUCAUUUGCCAGUUUUGUAAACGACAGUUUACCAAGUCCUACAAUUUGCUUAUUCACGAACGAACCCACACCGAUGAGCGGCCAUAUUCGUGUGAUAUCUGCGGCAAGGCGUUCCGCCGGCAGGAUCAUCUCCGAGAUCAUAGAUACAUCCACUCCAAGGAGAAACCCUUCAAAUGUCUGGAAUGCGGAAAGGGAUUUUGCCAGUCGCGGACGUUAGCCGUGCACAAGAUACUACACAUGGAGGAAUCACCGCACAAGUGCCCGGUGUGCAGCCGGAGUUUCAAUCAGCGAUCGAACCUGAAAACGCACCUGCUCACUCACACGGAUAUUAAACCGUAUCACUGCGCGGCUUGCGGUAAGGUGUUUCGACGGAAUUGUGACUUGAGAAGGCAUAGCCUAACGCAUAACUUGGGAGCAAGCGACGGCGUCGGUGUCGAUGGUCAGUUGGAUCUAACGGGUAGUUCCUCGUCCUUAGGUUCCGCAGGUGCCGAAUCGAACACCAUCGAUCUAAUGGCAUUGGCCGGAGCUGAUUAGUGUUUUUGUAGAACUUUAAAGCGUCAGAUUAGUGAGAGUGCCUUCGAUUUAUGUACAAUUUGAGGUUCGUCGCUUAAGAAUUGCGGCAGUUAUUCAAUUUAUUUUGUUCUCGAACAAUUCGUGAAUUGUUAUUUGAUAACCAUGAUGAAACAAACUAUAAUUCUAGACUAUUGCACAUGUGAUGAAAAAGUAUUGAAUUUACAAAACUGAUAUAUCGUUCAUUAGAAACAGGAGUGCUUCCUGUGUGGAACAAAAAUCUUCGCGAUUUAUAUUCUGUUAGGCACUUUCUUGUUAGAUUAUAACAUAGCCAUAGAUUCAAGCAGUUCUUUAUUUUAUGAGACGAAUAUUCUAAUUAUAAAUCCUUACAAUGAUAUCAACUAAACACAAGUUAAGAACUGAGAACAAACUAUGUAUUGUUGUUAUUAGUAAAACUAUUAAAGCAUGACACUCGUUGCAAUGAGUAGUUAAUUAGAUUAGGUUAGUACUUGUACAUACACUGAAGUGAAACACAAUGACUGUUUUAUACAUAUACUGCUUGGUUACAAUCAACUGAAUAAAAGGAUAGAUAAUAAUCAAAAGUUAAAUUAAAUUGAGCAAAACUUAAUGCACAAUUCCAUGGCCUUUACUCUAAAAAAGAAUAUAAGAAUUGAAAUAAAGUGUUAUGUACAUUGAA